UGGAGAAAGGCAAGAUGAAUCAACACCUCCUACUAGUCAGGAUCUACUAACCAAUGCCAUCGGGAAACCUUCUAUCAAAAGUUCUGAACUAGCAUCCGACUUUUGUCCAAUUCCUCAUCUGCAGAGGACAUUCUUCCAAACAGGGUUUAUCCCGCAGCCCAACUUGCUCUUAUGUUAUGUACUUGUCGGCUUAAAUCGGGCUGAGCCCAUUUCCUCCAACAGUUACCGCGCAUUCGAUUCCUUGUAUUCUCUAACAGCUCCCUUCUACCCAUGGAUUUUUGUGGGAGCAGAUGGCACAGCUUCUGUAAAUGAUGAACACAUAAAUCAUCAAAAACAUAUGGAAUGAAGCAUUGCACUUCUGUUUUCGGGUUACUGUUCAAACAGAAACUGAACGGCAAAUUGAUAAACUUGGGCGCAAAGAGGAAAAAGCGACAAAGACGAGGAACAGAAUGUGACACUGAUAGUGAACUGGCUGCUAUUGCUUUACUGGAAGAACAGCAACUUGAGGCUGCAGAACAGGUUGAAGAUGAAUCUAACUCUAUCGAUAAUGAGCCAACUGAAACAGAGGCCACUCCCAAGAAUGAGGUUUUAGAUGAGAAACCUGACAUUAAUGAUGUUCCUAUGGAAGAAAAUGAGGUAAAAUGUUUGUAACUAUUUUUAUGCUUAUGUUGUUUCCUACUAUUUCUUGCUUAAUGGAGACAACGUGCUUAUUAUGUGCAUUGAUGUAUAUGGAAAACCUAAAUUGACUGAUGAAUAUGGACAUUUUUGGGAAGGAGGAAAACUUGAUGGUUAGGUUUUCUGUAUAAAAGGUGAACUAUUAUCAGUCUAUAUGGGCACUGGACUUUUCUGGUGGAGGGAUUCCAUUUAAUUGUUGUUCUUUAUAUAGGAAAUUGAGGAAAGCAUAUUGGCAGUAGAAUUCCAAGAUAAA